AUGAAAUCCGCCGCCGUCAUGAUGGUCGCCCAGGCCGGGUUGAUACUGGCGUCCUCGUCGACACCCAUUUCCAUUCCCGCGGAGCUGCGACCCGUCGAUGACAACUGCGCCUUUGCGGGUUUGGACCAAUUCAGGGGUCAGAAGCUUCUCAUCGAAUUCGCCACAUGUCUCAAGCAAUGCAUCGGAGCUGGCUGCAAUGGCUGCGACGACUGUCUCGAAAAGUAUGGUCUCGCCAAGCUGUUCUAG